AGGGCAGUAGAGUCGACACGGGUAAACAUUUCAAAGUUAUCAUCAUCAAAAUAAUUAUAUGAAAAAAUUGUACUCUCUUCGUAGUGUCGUAUAAAUUAAAGUUUAAUUAUCUAAAUAAUUGUAUUACUUAUCAUAGUAAUUAAUCUACAAAGAAAAAUAUCCUUUAACAAGAUUUAUUUCUUACCUGACAUAAUGUUAAUCCAUUUGAUUAUUCUCUCUGAAAUAAUUCUUUCAUCCAUGUAUAUAACUGCCUUAGAUACGAAAGAAUUAGUAGUUAUAAUUUUAAGUCAAAAAGAAGGUUAUCAUGCUGCACAUGCUGAUAUUUUACAACGGAGUAUAGAGGAACAAGCAAGCAUUAUGGAAGUAGAAGUACCAAAAAUUGUUUUAACUCAUCAAUUAGAUGUUAAAGGGUCCUGGAUAGUCAUACCGUUAUUUACAUAUUUAUCAGAUAAUUAUUCAAACGCAAAGUGGUAUUUCUUUUGCUUAGAAAAUACAGUCGUAAAAUUGAAUAAAUUGUUAAAUGUAUUUUCACAAUUUAAUUCUAGUCAGGAAUUAUGGAUUGGUCACACAUUGUAUGACGUUGAACCUACUAUAAUUCAUCAUUUCGCAGAUCAUAAAAAAAAAUUUAAAUAUCCCCAUAUUGCUACUGGAUUCGCAAUGACAUCGAAACUCUUAAAUAGAAUAGCAGAGGAAAUUUCACUUGAAUUUAAUCUCAGCAAUGAUUUCUCUAUCGAUGCUUCUUACGAAUUAGGAGAUUUUAUUUUAAAAAGCAAAAAGCCUGUAAAAUUAACUCAUGUUCCUCAGCUAUGUGUUGUUUCUACCUCUGAUUGUGCAACUUAUCCUAGAUUCUUUCAUCCAUGUGAUACAACAAUUUCUUUGCAAAAUGCAUAUUUUGCAAUAAAAACUUGUGCCAAGUAUCAUACAGAAAGAAUCCCGAUUAUCAAAAAGACAUGGGCAAAAUAUGCUAUAAAUAUUGGAUAUUUCAGUGAUCAGGCAGAUAAAAACUUACCUGAGGCAUAUAUUGUGACAAAUACUACUAAAGGGCAUUGUGCCAAAACUUAUGAUAUUUUAAAAGAAGCCGCUAAUAUAUUGAAAAGUAAAAAUCUUGAUUGGUUGAUUAUAAGCGAUGACGAUACUAUUUUCAGUGUGGCACGAUUAAUGCGUUUAUUAACGUGUUACUAUCCUAAAAAUCAAAUUGCUAUCGGUGAGCGUUAUGGUUAUCGAGUAUGGGAUAGUUCAUUUGGAUAUGAUUAUUUAACUGGUGGUGCUGGUAUUGCUCUAUCUGCACCUCUUGUUUAUCAAAUGAUUGAUUCAGAUGUUUGCAAGUGUCCAUCGUCAAAUACACCAGACGAUAUGUUUCUCUUUGGUAUAUGUCUACGCAGACUGAAUGUAGAACUUACUCAUUCUUCUUUGUUUCACCAGGCUCGUCCUGCAGAUUAUGCUACUGCUUAUCUGGCAUCGCAAGAACCUGUAUCCUUUCAUAAAUUCUGGAUGAUCGAUCCUAUAAAAGUAUAUAAUCAAUGGUUUUCUGAAGCGGAUAGUUCACUUUCUGUACCCAGGAUUCAUACUGAAUACCACUCUUCAUUUUCCGAUGGACCGAAUUGUUUUCUAACCGCGCAAUAUCGUAAUGCUAUGACCAGUGCAAGAUUAAGAAAAUUCGAACAUAUCCAUGUAAUAUUAAAACGUCCUAUUGAUAAUGCGCCAAAUGAUGCACCUAGAAAUAAUGUAAAUGGUAAUGAGUUUUUAGAUCUACAAAUUGAUCGAUGCAAAAAAAGUGCGCGCUAUUUAAAACCUGUGAUCGAUCGAUUGAUAGAAGAAAUUACGAAUCGUAGUACAUGCACCGUUUUUGUAACGGACCGUACUUAUCAUGGAUUAAUAAAUAACAACAAGAAAGUUUUCGACAUUUUAAAAUAUAACAUCUUAUUGCACGAUAAUGAAGAAUUUUCUCCAGCAAGACAGCGUAUCCAAAAAAUUCUUGGUCACAGUAAAACAGCUAGAUGCAAUGGAUAUGUUAUACUUGUUUCUAAUGGCUUUUUAGUUUCUGAAUUUUUACAAUACGUAGAAAGAAAAGAAUUAAUCAAUACUCAUGGCUUCUUUUUAUUAUUACAUGAUUAUCGAAUUCUUACGUCUGAUUUGAAUUAUAUUUGGAACAGAAUAAUCAAUGUUGUAUUUGUACGUCGAUAUAAACCGUAUAAGUAUCGUUCAGGCGAUACAUCUGCUCGACCAAUAAUUAAUUUAGAGACUGUAUACUUUCCAAAUCGAAAACAAAAGUUCGUAAUAACAAAGUAUUUAGAUACAUGGUACGAUGGGAAAUUUCGUUAUGGCAAAAAUCACUUUGUACAAAAGAUCUCAGAUCUUAAAGGAAAAACAUUAAGAGUUUCAGUUUUUGAACACAUACCAGGUGUAACAAAAGAAUCACAAAAUUUUUAUAAAGGUGAUCCCAGUUAUAGCGCAAAAGGUUUAGGUGUUGAAUUUGAAGUUUGUAUAAUAAGUGUGUCAACAAUAUUAUGUAUCUUUUAUAAAGAUUUUUUUUUAUAUAUUUUCUUAUCUUUGCAGUUAAUUCGUGUUAUUUCUCAAUUUAUGAACUUUAAGGCACAUUACUAUAUGCCUUACAAUAUAGAGAAUGACCGGUGGGGAGCAUUAGAAAAAAAUGAAACAUAUACUGGUCUUAUAGGAGAAGCAUUAGCAAGGAAAGCUACAUUCUAUAUUGGAGAUCUCUAUUAUACCUCCUAUCUUUUAAAAUUCUUUGAGCUAUCUAUCCCUUAUAAUACAGAAUGUCUUACUUUCUUAACACCAGAAUCUUUGACAGAUAAUUCAUGGAAACUUUUAAUUCUUCCUUUCAAGCUCUACACUUGGAUCGCAGUUCUUUUCACUCUUUUAUUAGCAGGAGGAAUUUUCCAUCUUUUUUCAUUAUCUUAUCAGAAACACAUAAUUAUUUACAAGGAUGUUAAACGAAAAUUAAUCAACAUUAAUGAGUCCGACAAAAUAAAAAAAGAAUUAAGGAUUAAACAAGCAAAGAAAGGCUUAUAUUUGUUUACAGAAGCACAGAAUAGUAUGCUAUAUACAUAUAGUAUGCUACUUCUGGUAUCAUUACCUCGUCUGCCAAAUCCUUGGGCUUUAAGAGUACUUAUUGGAUGGUGGUGGAUUUAUAGUAUUUUAGUCGUUGUAAUUUAUCGUGCCAGUAUGACAGCCAGCCUUGCUAAUCCUGUGGCUACAAUCACUAUUGAUACGCUGAAUCAAUUAGCUAAAAGUUCUAUUUCUGUUGGUGGAUGGAGCGAAGAAAGUAAAGAAUUUUUCCUACAAUCUUUAGACUCUGAUAGUCAGGAAAUUGGUAAUAAAUUUCAAUUGAUAAAAAAUGAAAAAGAAUCUAUAGAAAAAGUAGCAAAUGGAUCUUUUGGUUACUAUGAAAAUGAAUUUUCCUUGAGGUUCGCUCAUAUUACAAAAUAUGUACUGGAGAAAGAGCAACAAGAAAAUAAUACACAAAAUAAGAAAACAUCUGAUGUAAAACAUAAUUUACAUAUUAUGAAAGAUUGUAUUAUAAAUAUGCCAAUUGCUCUUGGAAUGGACAAAAAUUCUCCAUUAAAGCCAUGUGUCGAUUUAUGGAUUAGACGCACGAUAGAAGUCGGACUAGUAAAUAAAUGGUUAAGCGAUGUUAUUUAUCCAUUGCGACUUACUGAAAGACAACAAGAGAAAGUGUCAGAGAAAGCAUUGGUUAAUCUCCACAAGCUUUAUGGUGCUCUUGUCGCUCUUAGCAUUGGUUAUUUCUUUAGCUUAAUAGCAUUAUUAUGGGAAAUUUUACAUUGGAAAUAUAUUAUUUUAAAUAAUCCUAAAUAUGAUAAAUAUCAUUUAGAUAAAUUCUAUGCAAAAAUAUGAAUACAUUUCUGAAACAUUCUAUAAGAAAAAAAUAAUUAUAUCUACGUAUUAUUUAUUUAUAUAUUUAUAACAAAGUAUAUUUAUCAAAAAUUAAUUUUAGUUUACUAUAUACUUACUUUUUCAUAUUAUAUAAGUAACAAAUCAAGAAACAGUUUGCUCUCUAUAAUGAAUAGAUAAUAAAAUGGAAAAUUAAUCUUCAACUUUUUUGUACAUUUAAUAACAUUAUAUAAUUACUUAUCAAAUAAAAAAAUUACUAAGAAAGAAUUUCUAUAAUGGAAGUUUAUACAAUAUCAUUCAAUGUGGUUCAAAGUACAAUCUCAACAGAGAUAGUAAUGAUGUAAUCCUA